UACAAAAGCAUGAAUCUCCGCCCUCAUGUAGGACCCGUAGAAGCCAUGGCAGGUGCCAAUUAUUCGGACUUAGAGGGGGAGUUUGAGUCGGACCCUAAAGCUGUCUACAUGCUCGCUGGACUCCUGGCCCUCAAUUGCUUCCUCAGUGUUUUCGGUAAUGCCCUAAUACUCUACACAUUUAUCCGAGAAAAGCCGUUAGGACCACCGUUAAGGACCAUUCUGUGCCAUCUGGCCGUUACUAAUCUAGUAAUAGCGGGUAUUGGGGAACCGAUGGUGGUUAUUUCGGGAUUCAAUCUGAAGUGGGUGUUCGGGGAGAUGGGACGUAAGAUUGAAGCCUACACUGUAACAGCUAGUGGUCUCAUGGCUAUGAGCUUACUUGCCUUCGUCUCCAUCGAGAGAUACCUCAGGGUGACGCCAGGUCAAAGAUUUAGAAUAACGGAAGCAACCAGUGUCCGGUUCUGCACUAUCAUGUGGACCUAUAACAUAGUGUACGCCUCAUUGCCCUUUUAUGGGAUUGCAGCGUGGAGAGGGGAGGGUAUUGGAAUAUCUAACUCAUUAUCCUGGAAUACGGAUAACACAAGCGAUGUUGUGUACGUGAUGAUCAUGAUGGCCACGGGAUACUUCAUUCCUCUUCUUAUUAUUACUUUCUGUUAUAACAGAAUUCUACAUUUUGUGAAGCAGGCAGUAGAUGUAUACGAAGAACACGAUAAGGUUGGAAUCAACAUACCACCGGAGGGAAUGACUAUGGAAACCCAAAUGUCAAAGACUAACGCCAGUCAAACGGGUAUAGGAACUGCUUCAGGAAAUGAAUCAUCGCUCAUAAACGCUAAUGAAGAAGCCUCCCGCGGCAGAGAUAACUCCAAAGCACCGCAGACCUCCAAUGUAGAAUCCACCGAGGGUGGGGGUGGAACCAGUGCAGUUGGAGGAGGAGGAGGGAUCUCUAAGACGUCUAACAGUGCGGAUCCUAACGAUGAACCCAGGAGUCGGAUUAAGGGCGAUGGCUACCAAAUCCUUAGCCAAGAAAGCACGAAGGAUAAAAAAUCAACCAUCAGGGCAGCUGAGAAGAAGAUCAGCAACGUUGUGGCUAUUAUCAUCGUAUCAUUCUUUGUCUCGUGGACCCCCUAUACCAUAGUCAACCUUCUCGUCACCUUCGACAGAGCUGACUUCUUCGCUAAGGGAAUCACUGCAACUAUUCCAGCUAUGCUAGCCAAGACUUCCACGGUCUGGUCCCCGAUAAUCUAUUGUUUCAUGAACGGAGAGGUUAGGACUGCGAACCUGCGGACUAUCGCUCACCUCAAAAGAAGAAUCAGGAUCCUCUACUUCGGUGGACGGAUUUAAACAGGAAACAGGCUCUCCCGCACAAAGAAGAGCAGUGCGCGCCCGUGCGUCCUUCCUGUCUGGGGUGUGGUCUCACCGACUACUUAGAACUUUAGAAACUUUCAGAUUUUUGGUUUAUGGUUAGGGUGAUGCAACACACCCAAAUGUGUUAAAUGGACACAGAAUGCAUAUUGCUGAGCACUGACUAUCCACCUUCCUAGUUUGGUACAUUAACAGACUUUAGUUAAUUAUGGUUUUAUUUUCUAAUUUUGCUUUACAUGUUGCACAGUUUCACAAUGAUGUUUGUUUGAAAGAUAGGUAAUUUAUGAAUUUAUCUGGUACAGGGGGCCGUGCAGGAAUGAGGUUAUAUCUCCUUUAAUUAUACUUACAAGCUAUUCACUUCAAUAUCAGGCUGAGGGUUUCACAACUGGUCAGAGUAAUGAACAUGUGUCAUAAUUCAUGUGCAGGUACUACAAUGGCUGUCAAGAAACAAUAUUUACUAUCCUAAAUCUAAAUGCUUGUCCAGGUCAAUAUCUGGAGAUCAAAAACCUCCCAACCCCUCACCCUCACCAGCAUAUACAACCACAACUUGUCACAGAGAGAACAUGUUACCCUGUUACCAUGACAACAUAUUGGUGUUACCAUGACAACUUGUACUUUGUCAUGGUAACAUUAUAUCUGACUUACCCUUCCCCCACUGCUAGUCCCCUCAGUUGCCGUGAAUCAGUACUAAAUAUUUUUCUUAUACUAGUGGUGACUUCAUUUCUGGAAAUGCCCUUGCCAACUACAAUUACUAAAUAGAACAUGUUAUCAUUGAUCCCGUUUUUCUUUCUCGACUAUGCUGAUGUUUUAAUUAUUAUUUAGUAUUUGCUUCUGAAGAAUAAAUCUUUGGGGUAUCACUUUU